GCUUCUGCGCUCACCGGUCAUCCCCGCCAUAAGCUCCAAAUCCAAUUAAAGCCAUGGUCUCCUCCGGCGCCGCCGACUCGACUCAUGUACUGGUAUGCCCUUUUCCGGCGCCUGGCCACAUAAUACCCAUGAUUGACCUCAUCCAGUUCUUACUCUCCCGCCGCGUCACCGUUACCGUUCUCCUUGACCCUACUCACUUCCAUCUUCUCGAACCCCUCCUCUCAUCUCACCCUUCUUCUUCCCUCCAAACUCUGCUUCUCUCUCCUCCAGAAGUUCCACCACCGUCCACUCUGUACAGGCCUAUCGCCACCAUGAACGUCAUUCUCAAACUCUACGAUCCCAUCGUCCAGUGGUUCCGAUCGCACCCUUCGCCUCCGGUGGCCAUCGUCUCCGAUCUCUUCCUGGGUUGGACCCACCGUCUGGCUUGUGACGUCGGGGCAAAACGUGUCGUCUUCUGGUCAAGCGGCGCCGCCUGUGCUUCGAUUCUUAAUUGCCUCUUCCGCGACAAACUGAAGGUCGAUGAUCCCGCCGAUGAAAACUCGGUACUCUCCGUUCCAAGCGUACCGAAUUGCCACAAAUAUCCCUGGUGGCAAAUAAGUCAUCUCUACCGCUACUUCAAGGAAGGAGACCCAGUUUGGGAAUUGUUCAGGGAAUCCAUGGUGGCCAACGUGGAAUGUUGGGGCGCCGUGAUUAACACUUUCGAUGAGUUCGAGAGAGUUUAUAUCGAUCACUUGAAAAAGGAGAUGGGCCACGAUCGGGUCUGGGCCAUCGGCCCGUUACUGCCGCCUGGAGAUGACCCGAUUGCGUGCAGCAACCGGGGGGGGUCAAGCUCAGUCCCAAUCCCUGAACUGAUGGGCUGGCUCGACUCCAAGCCAGCCGAUUCGAUCGUCUACGUCUGCUUCGGGAGCAGCUGGACGGUGACAGUUGAGCAAGUGGCUGCCCUCGCCGCCGCGCUGGAGAGUAGCGGGGUGAACUUCAUCUGGUGCGUCAGGAAUGGCGGCGCCGCUUUGCCGGACGGGUUUGAAGAUCGCGUAAAGGGAAGGGGUUUUAUAAUAAAGGGGUGGGCCCCACAAGGGCUUAUACUGAAUCACCGGGCGGUGGGGGCGUUUGUGACUCACUGUGGGUGGAACUCGACGUUGGAGGGAGUAGCCGCCGGCGUGUUGAUGCUGACGUGGCCGCUGGGGGCCGACCAGUUCAUUAACGAUAAGUUGCUGGUGGAUGAGCUCGGCGUGGGGGUGAGAUUCUACGAUAUGGGUAACCGAGGUGUGCCAGACUCGACGAUGAUGGCUCGCUUGUUGGCUGAGUCAGUCGGUGGAAGGCGGGGAGCCCGAGUCGCGGAGCUUAGCAAAGCGGCAGCGGGGGCGCUAAUUAAAGGAGGGAGCUCAAGCCGAGAUUUGGAUAAGCUAGUGGAGCAGUUGCAGCAGCUUAAACCAUAGAGAAUUUGGCUUUCUCGAGGUCCACUGAACUUGCUUUUUUUUUUUUUUUAAUUAUGUGCUAUCACUUGCACUUUACUUAAUUCGCCCCCAAAAUUAUCACAAAAGAAAUAAAUUAGAAAUGUACUUGGAUUAUUAAUUUUUUUUU